AUGUGGAAUUAUUAUUGUCUUAGCAUUGUGCUGGUGUACAUUAACCAUAGUGUGAGUAAAAGAUAUGAUGUGAACAUAGCGGCUAUAUUGCCACAACAUGAUGCCCGAAUGUUUUCUAUCCAUAAUGUGCAGCCUGUAUUACGAUAUACUACAGACAAAAUUAAAUCAACUUUACUACCCACUGUUGAUAUUUCAGUCAAUUAUGCAAAUUCGCGUUGCACAUCUAAGGAUGCGCCUAUUGCCGCCUUUAAUUUUUACAUGAAAAAUGAAGUGAAUGUGUUUUUUGGUCCGGUGUGUGACUAUAGUUUGGCGCCUGUUGCAAGGUAUGCACCGUUCUGGAACAUACCGGUUAUAUCACCCGGUGGACUUGCUCAUGAUUUUGGGGCCAACAAAAGACUCCCAGAUGCUGAGUAUCCCUCACUGACCCGAGUAGGGGUGACGUUUAAUUCUCUAGCUAUGUGUAUGAUAGACAUGGUUCAAGAAUUUCAAUGGAAACAAGUUAAAGUUAUCUAUGACGGCAACGGCCAUGGUGACGUCACUCCCAGAUUCUGCUUUCUUGCAGCUGCGGCAUUUGUGGCCUACAGUAAAAAUUUCAAGUUGAAGUACGAUUUUCAUAUUUAUAUUCCAUCAAAUCAUGAUAUUGAAGAAAUGCUUGUUGAGAAAAUUGGCAAUGAUUAUGGGGAAUUGAUGAAUAGAUCAAAUUACCAGAACUAA